CUAUGUAUUAUCCCAAAACAGUUUGACAUUGGCAUCCCGGCCAUGACUCAGUGCUGUAACCAGCUGGACAGUUGUUACGACACCUGUGGCUCCAACAAAUACCGCUGUGACUCCAAGUACCGCUGGUGUCUCCACGCUAUCUGCUCUGACCUGAAGAAAAGCUUGGGGUUCGUGUCAAAGGUCAAAGCCUGUGAGUCUGUAGCAGAUGCUCUGUACAACACAGUGUGGACGCUGGGCUGCAGAUCCUUCAUGAACAGCCAGAGGGAAGCAUGUUACUGUGAGGGUGAGGAGAGGGACGAGCUGUAGAGAAGCCCAGCUGGGACACAACACAACACUACUCAACACGAGAGAAAACUGGGAGGAGAGGGACGAGCUAUAGAGGACAUACAGGACAAUAUCCUCUUGCAAGGAUCAUCAAUGGAAAGGGUGCUUGGAACUCGACAUGGAUUCAUACAGUGGGACUUCACUCCGCACAAAUGAGAAUAUGACUUUAUUAUUAAUAACAUAGAAAAUAUAAUAAUUUUCUAUGACAACAUGAAAACAGACAGAGGCUUUACGCUCGAUGAGGAAAUCCCUAACAUGACUUUAUGACUUUAUGACCUAUGAGUUAAUAGUGGUUAUUAUGUAGAAUAAAAUACUAACAU